AUGUUCAAGUGUUUUCCAUUACCAUUUUGUAAUCGAAAUUUAGAACAAGUUGAUAAACGUCAUUGUAAUUUAACAUCAGUACCAGAUGAUAUUCUUCGUUAUACACGUACAUUAGAAGAAUUAUUACUUGAUGCUAAUCAACUUCAAGAUCUACCAAAGGGUGUUUAUCGUUUAACACAAUUACGACGUUUAACAAUUAGUGAUAAUGAAAUUCAACGUUUAUUACCUGAAAUUGGACAAUUAAUUAAUCUUGAAGAACUUGAUUGUUCUAGAAAUGACAUAGCAGAAAUUCCAGAAAAUAUUCGUCAUUGUCGAUCAUUACAAAAAUUUGAUUUUAGUGGUAAUCCAUUGGCAACUAAUCUUCCAUCUGGUAUAAUUCAUCUUCAUCAAUUACAUCAAUUAACAUUAAAUGAUGUUUCACUUGCAGAAUUACCAAAAGAAAUUGGCAGUCUUACGAAUUUACGUAUUCUUGAAGUUCGAGAAAAUUUGCUCAAAAUUCUUCCUGAGUCACUUAUACAAUUAGCAAAACUUGAAUCACUUGAUUUAGGUUCAAAUGUAAUUGAACAAUUACCACAUAAUAUUGGUCAUUUACAAUCAUUAAAAGAAUUAUGGUUAGAUGGAAAUGAAUUGAUAUAUUUACCAAAUGAUAUUGGACAAUUAAAACGUUUACAAUGUUUAGAUGUAUCAGAAAAUAAAUUAACAUUUUUACCUAGUGAAAUUGGUAAUUUAGAAUCAUUAACAAAUUUUGAAUUAUCAUCAAAUCAAAUUGAACAAUUACCAAUAACAAUAGGUAAACUUCAACAACGUUUAUUAAUAUUAAAAAUAAAUUCAAAUAGUUUAAAUAAAUUAUGUGAUGAAAUUGGACAAUGUUUAGCAUUAACAGAAUUAAUAUUAACAGAAAAUUUAUUAAAUGAAUUACCAAAAACAAUUGGAAAUUUAAAACAUUUAUCUAAUUUAAAUAUUGAUCGAAAUCAAUUAACAUAUUUACCUAUUGAAAUUGCUGAAUGUGACUCAUUAGGUAUGCUUAGUUUACGUGAUAAUCGUUUAACACAAAUACCAUCAGAAUUAUCAAAAUUAAAACAUUUACAUGUACUUGAUUUAUCGGGAAAUCGUCUAUUAAAUUUACCAUGUACAUUACUUCAAUGUGAUUUAAAAGCAAUAUGGUUAGCAGAAAAUCAAGCACAACCAAUGUUAAAAUUUGCAACUGAUAUUGAUUCAAAUACCGGUGAAAAUGUACUCACCUGUUAUUUACUUCCACAACAACAACAUGUAUCAUCAUCAAUGGAAAAUCUUCUCAAUCAAUCAAAAUCUCAAAAUAUAAAUGAUGAAAAAACAAAUGUACCACGAUUACCAAUUUAUUCAUCACGUUUUGAACAAGAUGAAUUCAUAGAUGAUGAUCGACAUGAACGUACUGGUUCAGUUAAAUUUGCUGAUCAAGCUGAAGCAAACAAAGAAAGUUCAUUACAACGACAUAAUACUCCACAUCCAAAAGAUUUACGAACAUGGAAAAAUAAAAUGGCAAAAAAAUUUCAAACUGAUGGAAAUUUACUUCAUCAUGAUCAUCAACAUCCAUUUCAACCAAAUGCUCAUACACAUGUUGAUUUUAAACGUUCAUCUAUAUCAUCAAAUACAUCAAUAACAACACAACCAAAUCGAAGUACUACAGAUUCAUCAAAUAUUGUACAAGAAUCAAUUAAUUAUAUUCCACCUGAUUUAUCUUCAGAUGAUCAUCGUCGUUAUUCUAAUAAUGAACAUGAUGAUAAUAUCGAUAAUGAAAUGAAUUAUAUUGAAAAACAUGUUGAAUUUACAGAUAAUUUUGAUAAUGAUGAUGAUCAAAAAAAAGAAACAUCUAAUCAACAAAAACUUCAUCGACGUGAUACACCACAUCAUUUAAAAAAUAAACGUAUUAUUAAUAAAAAUAAUGAUUCAUUUACAUUUGAUCAAAUUAUGUCACAUAGUCCAACAAAAUCAUCAAUAGCAAGUGGAGGUAAAGAAUCUAUAUCAUCAUCUCUACCAAAUAAUAAUCGUUCAAUGACAGUUCAUAAUGAACAAAUAGUAUUAACUGUUCAUCGUUCACCUAAUACUGGUCUUGGUAUUAGUAUUGCUGGUGGAAGUGGUUCAGCAGCUUACAAAGAUAAUGAUUAUGGUAUAUUUUUAACUAAAGUUACUGAAGAAGGUCCAGCAGGUCAAGCUGGUUUACUUGUUGGUGAUAAACUAAUAUCUGUAAAUGGAAUAUCAUUAAUCAAUUGUGAACAUAGUGAAGCUGUAUCUGCUUUAAAAAAUGCCGGUGAUAAUAUUGAAAUGAUUGUAAUACGUGAAAUUUUACAAUCAUCUGAUGAUAAUUUAAUAAAUAAUGAAAAUUCUUUAAUAAAAGAAAAUGAAAAAUAUUCAACAAUAAUUCAACAUAAUGAUAAACAAGAUGGACCAUAUAGUUUUUCUAUUGCUGGUAGUAAUCAAGCAACAACAACAGAUGGAAAUGAAAAUUCAUAUAUAUCAAAAAUUGAUAAUAAAGAUAAUAAUAAUUCUUUAGUUACUAGUGAUCGUCUUUUACCAAUAAAUGGUCAUGAUAAAACUAAUACAAGUCAUGAUCAACCUAUUAAUAUCAUUAAUAAUGAAGGCAAUAAAGUUGAAUUAACAUUUCAUCGAGAAAAAAUUGCAAAUGGAAAUUCAAAUUCAUCAUCAACAAUCAUUGAUAAUAUAAUUGAAGAAGUACAUAUAGAAAAAGGAAAUGGUCCAAUGGGUUUAAGUAUUGUAGGUGGUAUUGAUCAAGCAUGUCCACCAUUUGGUAUUGAACAACGUGGUGUUUUUGUAUCAAAAAUUCUUCCAAAUGGUUCAGCUUCUCGAACAAAUCUUCGUAUUGGUGACCGAAUAUUAAAAGUAAAUCAUUUUGAUGUAUCACAAGCAACACAUUUAGAAGCUGUACGAGCACUUUUACAAGCUACAAAUGAAGUUAUUUUACUUGUACGUCAUGAACCACAACCAUCAGGAUUAAAAGAAAUAAUAUUAACAAGACAAUCAGGUGAACCACUUGGUUUUCGAUUAAAUGGUGGUGUUGAUGGUAAACAUAUGAAUCCAGAUGAUCCAGAAGAUGAUGGAAUAUUUGUUACAGAAGUAAAAGAUGGUAGUCCAGCAUCAGGUAUUUUAACAGUUGGUACACGAAUUUUAGAGGCAGUGAAUUGUUCUUGUUCGAAACGAUGGUUUUGUCUAUCAGAUAAAUCAUCAUUAUUGACUGAUACAUCAUCAUCAUCAUCAAUAUCUACACCUAUUGAUGAUGUUUCAAUAAAAGAUUAUUGUGAAACAAGUUUAGAUGAUAUUGUAUAUUUAAAUGGAAUAAUAACAUUUGAAAAUUUAUCAAAACAAAUCAAACAUACAAGAUCAAAUGAAUAUAUAAAACGAAAAAAAAAAUCUUUAAAAAAAUCUAAAAAACGACGAACAAAAUCAUGUUGUUUAUUAACAUUAUGUAAUUCAACGAAGAAAAAAUUGAAUCAAAAAAAAAAAGAUAUAACAUUUACGAAACAAAUUUUUGCUCCAAUUGUUACAUUAAAAGAUUUAAUUUCAAGUUCAUUUUCUUUAUCAUCAUCAUUAUCAUUACCAAAUGAUGAUAAAUCAAUUGUACCAGUAAAUGAUCCACCAUUAUCUUCAACAAUAAUGAAUGAAACACCACAAUCAUCAUGUAAAUCUUUAUUAUUUGAUCCACCAUUAUCAAUAAUUUCAACACCAAAAUCUUUUCUUGUUCAUUCCUAUACAUCUGUAUCAAAUUAUCGUAUAAAAUCAAAUAUAAAUGCACGUCAACAUUCACUUGAAGAAGAUAUUCAUAAUGAAGAAUGUAUUUAUUGUUCAAGUGAAAAUGCUUUAUCAUUAAAAAUUGAUUCAAAUAAUAAUAAUAAUAAUAGUUUUGAAAAUUUAUCUCUUCAAUCAAUAAAUCUUUUAAAUGCUAUUGAAAUGUAUUUGUCAUCAAAUAAUUCAUCAUAUGAAUUAUUUGAUUUAUCAUCAGUAUCAUCUGAACAACAUGCUACAAUACAAGAAACAAAACAAUUAAAUUUAUGUGAAAUCAAUGAAAUUAUUUAUGCUGUUCAUUCUGCUAUUGAAAAUGAUAAUGAACGUAAUGAAAUACUUGAUUCUCUUGCAACAUCAUUAAGAGAAGUAGCUGAAGAAACACCACUUAUUAGACAAGAACAACAACCAAUAGUUGCUCCUGCUAAUUUACCUGAACAACCUCCUGGAUUUGGUCAGAUUUUAGUUAAUAAUCAAAGUUUAUUUGGUGCUCAUUUGGAUGAUGCUCAAAAAUGGCUUAGCAUGCCAAAUGAAAAUAUUCAUUUACUUGUUUGUCAUGGAUUUAAAUCUAAAGAAUUGACUUCUGUGAAUAGUCCAACUUAUAAUAAAAGUAAACAAACGAAACCAAAUGAUGCUAUAUCACCUUCUAUUCCUACUCGAUCUAUAUUAACACAACAAUUGAUUUCACCAGUAUUAUCAACAAAACCGAAUGGAGUAUUAAAUUCAUCAUCACCGAAAAACCAAUCAAUAUCACCUAAAGUGAUUAGUCCAAAUUCUCCACAACCACCACCUGUUCCUGUUAAACCAAAAUUUCGUCCAUCGAAUACACAAUUUGUGCCAAUUAAUGGUGAUAAUCAAACAAUAACAACAAAAUAUCAUUCACCUUCUCCACAAAUACAACCGCAAAAUGGUUUUGAAACUGAUGAUCUUGAUAUAUCUAUAGCUGAAUCAGAAAAAUCUUUUAAUGAUAAGAAAAAAUUCUUUGAAAGUGGUUUUAGAGAGUCCGGACCAAAACCAAAACCUCGACAAUUUAAAUAUAUUAAUGAACAUGAAUUAUUACAAAUGAAACAAGAAGAAGAACAAAAAAUCAAAUCAAUGAGUCCUACGGAAUUACUGCAAUCUCGAACAACAUAUGAUAAUGAUAACAAUGAUUCGGAAUUAAUGCGAACAACAUUAUCUCAAUAUCAAACACCAACAUAUCUUGCUAAACCAGAAGAUGAUGAUGAUGAUGAUGAUAUUAUUCAACAACGGCAAUCACGAAAUAUUUCUUCUACUGCAAGAGUAACCUUGUUCGAAUGUGAUACUGCUUCUGCUCAUAAUAUGCUUUCGAAACUCACUAUUGCAGAAUCCGGUAUGAUUUAA